AUGGCUUCAUCUAAUGCUACCCCGCAAGGAGCCACCAUUUUCGAAUUGAACAAUGGCCAAAAGGUACCAGCCCUCGGCUUCGGUGCCAUGAAAAAAGACCUAGUCGGUCUCGCCUUGCGCGAAACAUCCAUCCCCCGCGAAGAAUUCACCAUAAUUACCAAAUUAGCUCCUUCAGACACUCACGACGUGCGGGGGGCAUUCGAAAGAUCUCGCGCGCUACUGGGCACGUAUAUCGAUAUAUACAUCAUGCACUGGCCACAGGGGUUUGAUAAGAAUGAUCCCUCGCGGCCGCUGGAUCCCGGGGAGAGUCCAACUUAUAUUGAAGUUUACAAGAAGAUGCAGGAACUGGUUGGGCCGGAGUGUCGGGGUAUUGGGGUGGGGAAUUUUACGAUUCGGACUUUGGAGCCGCUUUUGAAUGAUCCGGGUGUUUAUGUUGUGCCGGUUGUUAAUGAGAUUGAGAUUCAGCCGAGGAAUCCUAAUUUGAAGCUUGUUCCUUAUUGUUUGGAGAAUGGGAUUCGACCUAUUGCUUGGGGACCCCUUGCUGGUGGAAUAUCAAGUCAAUACACAAAUACAACGACUAUCUACGACGAUCCUCUUUUCAAAGCACUAUCCUCGAAGUAUGACGUAUCGGCCGGAACAGUUAUCCUCUCGUGGCUUGUUCAGCGCGGAGUUAUCGUGGUUCCGCACUCGAGCUCUCCAACACGGCUUGCGCAGAAUAGACAGCUUGCAGAGCUCACGGAAGACGAAAUGAAAGAAUUGAAUUCUUUUCACGAGAAGGCUGGACGGCAGCGGGUUACUGAUGAGGCAUUUUUUGAUUUUGGUUGGAAGGUUACGCCUGGUAAGGGGAGGACCUUUAUGGGUUGGAGUGUGGUUGAUCUUGGGUGGGAGGAUGAGGAGGGCAUGUUCCUCUUGCACAGCUACACUGCCACAGAUCAUAAACAAUCCCUCGAGAUCCAGGCAGUUGAAGCCAACAAAACGAAAGUCGCUAUUAUCGUUCCCACAGGUGCUGGAAUUGCCGGAAUUUACCUAGCGGACCUCCUUGAAAGUAACGACCCUGGACUCACAUCAAUAGAAGCUACGAUUUUUGAGAAAGAGCCACAGAUUGGAGGAAGAAUUGGAAAAAACUAUCGAUACGACGCCCGGGAUAAUUCCUGGACGAUAAUAUCACCUACCGAUAGCGGAGCGUAUAUGUUUGAUUCGGACGAUGAAGCGAUCGGCGACAUGGUUCGCAGGACCUCUUCCCAGGAUAGCAUCGACCGUAACGUUUUUGUUUGGAGCCAAUUAUUCGGCACAAGACUCCCUGAACGAGCUAGUACCUGGGAUGGCCAGACUUUGAAACUAAAUCCGACUGAUCGAGCGCCUCUAACAUUGGAAAAUGUGGCAAGGACUCUGCAAAUGCAUGCCUUAUCCCCAAAAUACUGGCGAAAUGUCUUCAACUCCUUGAAACAGUCAAUCAAUGGCGAAUAUAUCGAACCUUUAUUGACGAGUGUCCGGAAUUCGAAGACAGGACAGGACUCAAAUCCCCAAUCUAUCCUCGACACUGGAAUUGGAGUUCUAUUAGAUGACGUGGUCAAGCAACUAGGCCGGCGAGCCAACUUUUCUCUCAAUCUACAAUCCACUGUGACCAAAUUGGCUCAACGGCCUGAUUCGACUUGGGAUAUCUACUGGACUUUCCAGUUUUCUCAUGGUUUGACAGAAAAUCAUAACGGAACAUUUGACUCUGUCAUAAUUGCUGCCCCCUUCUGGCAAGCUUCCCUCCAGUUCGAGCAAUCGCUGCCAAUCAUCCCGGAUAAUAUAAGCUACACGCCUCUUCACGUUACGAAUUUCCUAACGAAGCGACCACUGGCUCAUGCGGCGUUCAACAUGUCGUUUGAUUAUGAUGAGGGGCCGAAUCUUAUUUGGAAUGUGCAGAGUGAUGGACCAGUUCAGCCUGGAAACCCAUGUUCAACCCCGCCAUUCAUCUCGAUCACAAGGCUUUUUAGCGACAUAGGUUCGGGCUGUGUAUCGGACUACGAGAAUCUUUACCGUGUCGUUUCAAAAGACCCAUUCUCGGAUGAUGAAAUUGCCGCCUUGGUAAAAAAAUGUGGCAAGGCCCGAGAGAGUGUCACUUUCCCCGAUCAAAGCUGCUACAAGUUGAACAAUGGAUACUCAGAAAAUGACGAUCCGGACCCUGCAUUUGAUUACCCGACGGAGCCACGGGCCCGCUGGAUGGAGCUACCUACUACUAUGCACAUCCGCGAAAGGUUGGCGGAUGGAUCUUUCCGGGAGUCGUUGGUUCGGAAGACUUAUGAGGACGCCUACACCCUAGAGAUGAAGGAGCUCUAUUCAUUCGUUGUCGAUGGUAAGCCAGCAAAAACAACCGCUGAAGAUGCCAAGAAAGAUCUUGAUCUCUUCGGUAUGAUAAUGAAGGCGGGUCUGAUAGGACAAGUUGGACAAAGCAAUGAUCUGCGUUAG